AUGACAUCCAGUUUGUACGAUGGUCUGGACGAUGUAGAAUUGAGCAAGGGAAGCAAUGCUGGUGGCAGUGGUAGUGCUGGAAGUGGAUGGGUUCUUGGCGGCACCACCGGCGCUUCUUCUGGCUCCACAACGACAACAACGACUGGAAUCGGCCGUCUUGUUGCAGCUGCUUCAGGCAACACUGUCGCUCCAGGCGGUUAUUCCGGAAUGCAGCUAAUGCAAUCUCACAUGGCGGCAAAGCGCGCUCAAGGUCGGCGUGGCGGUGGUGGCAGCAGCGACUAUGCCUCCCGAUCUGCCGUAGCCCCAGUUGUCGAUCUGCAUCGUCGAGGCGGCGGUGGGGGUGGUGGUGCCACCAACGCCGAGGGCUCUUAUCGAUUCAAUCAGAUGACGGGAAAGAUGGAACGCGUCACUUCUGCGUCAUCAUCGUCCACUUCUUCAACCAGUCGUCCCAUGGGCGGUUCUUCCCACUUCACCUCUUCAGUGACCUCCGGUUUGCUAUACGGUGAACCGAGUUUGUCUCUAGGCGUUGCAGAUGAGUACAACCCUCUAUGUCCCAACGAUUACGAGGAGCUUUCGAGGCAGAAACGCGAGAAACGCAAGACCGAUGAUCGAGUGCGGGAUUCCCAUGGAGACGGAUUUAGCCGUCGACCGAACCUCUCGGGCAGCGAAAGUGGUGGGAGUUCGGAUAACUCGGGCGAUGACCGUGACGACCGCGGUCGUCGAGUUCGUUCGCACCAUCGGCGCCGACCUCCUCCGCCUCCGCCAGCUAGUCGAGCCGCUAUUGCUCCACCCAGUAGUCUCCUGGAGGAUGUCGUCGUCACUCCAGGCUCUGACUCGGCUACUACUUCUGCUGCUGGGAGCACCAUCGCUUCUGGUGAUGCUGAUACGGACGAACUUGGUGACUCCAUCGCCCAGGCCACUUCUGGUAACUAUGGCAUCAACGUCGUCGCUGCCAAAAUGAUGGCUCGAAUGGGCUACCGUCAAGGUCAGGGCCUAGGCAAGGAGGGUCAGGGGAUGUCAUCAGCCUUGGUUGUUGAAAAGACUAGCCGUCGUGGGGGCAAGAUUAUUCAUGAGAAGGACCUUCAACGCAGUCAGGAGGCAGAAAUGGUAUCGGCUACAGGUGGGAUGGGUGCGGAACAGCAGCAAAUGCCAACCAUGCCACUCAAUGCUACUGAGGUGGUACUGUUACAGAAUAUGUGCGGUGGGCCAAGCGAAGUGGAUGAUGAUUUGGAGCCGGAGACGGCAGAGGAGUGUGCCAAGUACGGAUCAGUUGUCACCUGCAUGAUCUACCAAAUGCCCGAUGCUGGCGAUGGACCCGAAGCUGUCCGGAUUUUCGUUGAAUUCGAAAACACUGAAGCUGCUGCUAGAGCUGUCUACAAUUUGAAUGGGCGAUUUUUCGAUGGUCGUGUUGUUCAAGCUGGAUUCUACGACGCUGAACGAUUUAGAAGUUUGGAAUUCUCUGACCCGCCCCUCUCGCGAAAGGAGCUUGGAGGAGCUAUUGAGGAAGGUGGAACGGUGUUGCUGCAGCGAUGUGGACCUUACAGAUAG